AGGCAGUGCCGUCAUCUAGCCUGGCUUCAGUUUGCGCCACGCUCACACCUCGAUGUCCAGGGCAGGAUAUCAACCUCUUUCACAGUUGGUCGAUGAGACAGAAGAUGUUGAUGUUACUGAAGAACUUCCCCAGCCUUCCACCCGUGGCCUUCGCCGUCCGGGACGUCCUGGGCAUAUAGACCUCACCAAGCUCGACAAUGCUUUCAAGAGAUGGACAGAAUCAAUAGCGCACAAGGUUAAGAAACGGAAGAAGAAGACCACCGAGCAUUCGAAGAGAGAGAUCUGGAGAAGUGUUUUCGAGCCCACCGUCGUCGGUAAUGUUGUGGAUGGAACAGUCAAAACGCUUGACCACAAUCCACCUAUGACGCAGGCUGAGUUCGAUGUACUGGUACAAUCAAUACAGGACAGUAUAGCUGAAGGUCUACACCCUAAAAUGAUAACGAAAGGCAGCAGUGGCUCCUAUUUUGCGCGCGCAAAGGACGAGCAUGGACGAGUCCGGACAGUUGCCGUUUUCAAGCCAAAAGAUGAAGAACCUUACGGACGAUUGAAUCCCAAAACGACGAAAUGGUUGCAUCGGCAAUUUCGCUGGUUAAUACCCUUUGGAAGAGCUUGCCUUAUCCCUAAUUUAAGCUACAUCUCCGAAGCGGCAGCAUCAUUACUCGACUCGCGUCUCCAACUUCAUAUUGUUCCGCCCACUCAGCUUGCGUCGCUGUCAAGCCCAGCGUUCUUCUACGACUGGAUAGAUCGAACCGCAGCAAAAAAAGGAAAACCUCUUCCCGUAAAGGUCGGAAGUCUGCAGAAAUUUCUCUAUCAGUAUACAGAUGCUUCAGAAUUCUUACGGAAACACCCCUGGCCAGGACGUUCCAUCGCUGAUACUUUCGACGACACCUCGCAUCGGCGGGGCGGUUUGACUAAGAAAGUGAUCAGCGGUGUUACUGCCAUUUGUGGUCGUAGCGGCGACGUCGACGAGUUUUACGACGACUACGAAGAAGAGCGACUAUUUGAUGCAACUGAAUUUAUGAACGGGCCGCGCGAAUUCUAUUGGACUCCUUCGUUGCAGAGAAAUUAUUUAAUGCUCAACACGGACCGAGGAGCUGACAAUUAUAUGAUAAAGUAUUGUGAGGGCGAUGUAGAGAAACAAUUGAUAGAUGUCGCCCCUUCGCGGUCAACGCGCGAGAUGCCCCAGAUGAGCGACCUUCGGCGAAGUGGUAGCCCAAACUCCACCCCAAAGAUCAAAUCCGACACUCUGGAUGCAGAAACGGGUGAUUAUACUCGACAGCCCCAUAUUCAUAUAGCAGCCAUAGACAAUUCGCUGUCGUUUCCCCACGAGCAUCCUCAAGGAUGGAGAUCUUAUACUUAUGGCUGGUUAUACCUCCCGAUUUCCGCUAUUGGACAGCCUUUCUCUCAAAAAACUCGCCAUCACUUCCUUCCACUAUUAACUUCGAAGCAAUGGUGGGAAGAGACUACGUUCCAGCUGGAAAAACUUUUUGCUGUGGACCCAGAUUUCAACAUGAAAAUGUUUCGACGCCAACUUGCUGUAAUCAAAGGGCAAGCCUUGAACAUUGUACAAUCCUUGAAACAUGACCUACUACAAGGACCCUUGGAAUUAACGAGGCGCACAAAGAUGUUAGUAUGGGAUGACGAGAUUGAGAUAUCAGGAGAUGACAGUGGGCUUGAUGAGGCCGUUCGUGAUCUGAAUGAGCCCACCUCAUCCCCAAAGCUAUCAAUCAAUUCAGUGCCUAUAAUUCCCCGCCGAACACGAAGCCAAAGCUCUAGCGGUGAAUUUCCCCCGCCCAUGCGUAGAAUAAUCACCGAGUCAGGUAUCAAUCGACCAGUUCCUUUCUCUUCCAAGUUCCAGCGCGUACAUCCUGGAACAACCGGUGUCACAGUACUGGAGCAUUUGGAGCGUCUCGAUGCAGUAGAGGCUAGUCUUCAGAGGCUUGUUUCAGACGACAAUGUAGAUGAAGUCGACGUAGGCGAAUCGCAAAACGUUCAUAUCCAAAAUGAACCAACAACCUCAAAUUUGCCCCCUACUUCACCGUUCUCGCCUCCUGGAAGUCCUCUGGCAACUGUACCCGAGAUAGCUUCUUUAGAGUCUUCCAUAACAGAAGAAGAUUUAGUAGCGCUGUCGAAAUCUACAUCACAUCUUGAGGGUUCGUCCACUAUCUCUGGUCGUCAUACUCGCUGGGCUAGUCAAGCGUUAGGGUCUGGUGUGGAUUGGUUGCAGGAGAAUGAGACACCCGUUACAAGGACAGUGAUAUCCGAGAGAUUGGAAAUGGUUACUAAGAAGCCAUUGUGCUCGUGUUGGUGAUACAAAUAGACAGGUAUGAAUUUUGAGAAGCGCGGAAUAGACAAACUCGAAUCCAGCAUCGUCAAGUCGUGAUCACUAGUGAGCAACACAGUUAAUAGGUAAGUACAUAUCAGUAAUUGUGAUCUGAGGGUGAGCAACAAGCAGAGGAUACCGGUCAGUAGCUGCAUUAAUGCAACAACGGAAGAGAGUCGACUGUUUCUGCAAUGACUUCUACAGCGAACGUUAACAUACAUGUUAUAUAAAAGUAUCGGCUCAUAAAAUAUGCUGCUCACAAGUG